AGCGAUUUUGUUCUAAAAAUGGAUCGUCCAGAAGGUGUUAACCUGUUACAAAACAUCGCCUUUUCCGGAUCGACCUUUAGUACGCCAUGUUUGCAUGCGGUGCCAUCACUGAUCAGUGUGGAAAGAUGACCAAAGAUGAUUAAAUGUGCACCGACCAACAGGCUUCGUCUGUAGCAUUAGUUUUUGAAUUUAUAGAACCUUCUUAGUCGGUGAGCACUAUGUAGUUUUGGUGGAACAAAUUGAAUGUGUUUAGAAUCUUAGACAAAAGCGUUCUUGUAGUCUAGACGAGAGAGGGGUUUCCUUGCUGAGUUUUUACAGGCUUUUAGGUUUUCCGGCUAAGGCGUGCGUGGAAAUGCAAUACAUGGUAUUAACACGAGUCAUGAGUGCUUUCAUAUAUCACGCCCAAAUUCCAAAAAUUUGAAAAUCUCCAAGUGUUGGUCGAGGAAAUAUCGCUCAGUAAUUUAAGAUCCAAGUUUGACGAAAUUAGCUGACUGAGUUGAUUUUAGUUCUGCUAUUUUUACCUGGUUAUAAACAAGGUUGUUUUGGUUACUUUCCCAGCAGCAGCAUGAAGCCAGCAGAUGAUAUAACAAUGGCUGAUUUCUGGAGAUAUCUUUCUUUUUGCUUCUGGUAUCGACGGCUUGUAAAACUCUUUCUCCAUUUUUCCACUCGACAAUGUGAAUUGCAGCGCAUCUGUUACAAGACAAGACAUGGAGCCUCAAGAACAGGCGGAGUUGAAAAGUCCUUGAGGCAAUCAAGAACCAAGGAACUCUCUGAACUUGUGAACACAGCUCAUGUGAACAUACAGGAGGCACUCACAUUGAUAUUAACAGUGAAGAAAAUAAACAGAGCACAGGAAAGUGUUUUUGCAGAUUCCAUGUUCAUCUGUUUGAAUCAGAUAUGUGGUUACACAGACCUUUGUCAUGAAGCUGAGCAGUUGAGAAAGGAGCCAUACUCAUCUGACAAUGCAAGUCAUGAAAAGAGAUUAAUGCAGCUUUGGGACCUAAUGAUGCCCGACACGCUGUUAGAGGAGAGAAUUACCAAACAAUGGGGAGAUCUUGGUUUUCAAGGAAAGGACCCACAGACUGACUUCAGGGGAAUGGGUGUCCUUGCACUUGACAAUUUAUUAUUUUUUGCAUCAAAGCACACAACUGCAGCUAGAAAGGUCUUGUCCCAGUCUCACCAUCCACAUUUUUGGUUUUCCUAUGCCAUUGCUGGGAUCAACAUCACUUCAUUAGCUCUUCAGUUUUUGAAUGAAGGAAUUCUUAGAAGUCACUUUUACAACUGUAAGCAGGGCAGACCAACUAUAGUCGACUUUCACCAAGUCUAUUGCUAUCUGUUUUUUGAGUUCAGUGCCUUUUGGAUCAGUGAAAAACCUGAGAGUGUGAUGGUAUUUAACCAAGUUAGAGACAAGUUUGCUGACAAGAUCACGGCACUACUUAAAAACCCAUCCACUGUGUUGGAAUUAAAGUACAAGACAUUACAUGAUGAGACAUCCCUGACAUCUGUGUCAACUUUAGAAAGGGAGUGAUGACCUUGACCCUACAGUUUAUUUAAUCAUAUUUUUGCACUCUGUAUGACAUUGCAUGUAAAUAAAUCUGUCCAAUAUAAAUUAUUUGAAAUUUUAUGUUAGCUCUCACUAGCUAGGGAGCAGUGGUGUAAAAAGUAAUAAAUUUUCUAGGAUUUGCAGAGACCCCGUAUUUUUAAUGGGUGACCAAAUAUCAAGUGAACCAAAAUUUCAAUUUGUAAAUUUCAAUGGUUCUGAUGCUCAAAGACGUGAUGCUAUAACCCCAGGGCUGUCAUUAAGUUUUAAGUCACCUGUAUCCUUGAUCUUUACACCAGUAACAAACUUGUUUUAUUCUUUUAUUUAGUGACAAACUUGUUACUUGUGGUUGAUUGAACAAUGGGCAAGUUCACCAAUAACAUCAAGGGCCUAUCAAACAAUACUCAGCUAUAACAGUUGUUAUGUGUAUGUGUCCAGAGGAAUCUCUUUGAAAUGAACUGGGUUGUCGUGGGUACCCUGCAUGCUUAUCUUGUAGGACCUGGCUUCACCAGAUGACAGGCACUUUCCCCACACUCAUCUAUUUUUGAUGAGCUGGAUAUUACCUGUAAUUAUUUAAACUUUUGUAUCAGAAAACAGUCCCACAAUAAUAAAUAAUAAGUUAUUGUAGUAUGUACUUUAAAUCUCCUGUAGCCUGUCAAAAAUUUUCCUUUUUCUACAUAAUCCUUAGUUGUUGUAAUUCUAACAUAGCUGUUUUCAUUCAAUUAGUCCAAAGUGAAUUUUUAUAAUGCUAAAGGUUGUUUGUGGAAAGGUUUAGUUGAGAGAUGUGGUCAUUAAAAAUAAUUUGAAGACCUG